AUGAAAAUAAACAAGAAAAAGUUAGUUGAAACAUGCAAAACCAUUAUUUCAUCAGCUGAUUUAGAUAUUAUAACGGAAAAAAAUGUCCGACGUCAAAUUGAAGAUAAACUUGGUUUGGAGAACAAAACCCUGGACAAUGAACCUUGGAAAGCUUUUAUCAAAGAAAUCGUAAAUAAAACAAUAGUAGAUGAGAAUAAAGAACCUAUCAGUAAAAAAAUGGCCAAAGAGAAGGUUGUAGAAAAGGUGGUGGAAGAGGGGCAACCUCGUCGCAAAAUCGGCGUUGUUGAGGAUGGAGGGACAAUGAUGGCUCUUGAGAAUCUUCUAGAUACCGCUGAAUCAUCUGAUACUAUCAAAGAAGAAGAUGAUGAUGAAUCGAAAAAGACAUCGGAGUCAGCUGGAGACGAUAGUGCAUCUCAUAAUAAUCCAGAGUCGACAGGUGAAGCUGAAAAAGAAUCAAACAGUUCAGCAUCUCAAAAAAGAACAAUAGAUGCUGUUGAGGACGAGGACGACGAUGAUCUGAGCUCACUUGAGGAUGAGCCGCUAAAGAAGAAACGCAAGACUGGUAAAACCGUUGGUAAAUCCGCUGUUAAAACCGUUGUUAAGACGGUAAAUAAUAGAACAGCGAACAUUGAAAAGGAUGACAAAACAAUCAAAAAUCUCAAAUCAUUAAUUAAUAAAUGUGGUGUACGUAAAAUUUGGGCAAAAGAGUUGACGGAUUGUAAGACGAACUCUAGUAAAAUCCGCAAAUUGAAACAAAUGCUUGUAGAUUUGGGAGUUGAAGGGCGCCCGACACUCGAGAAGUGCAAGAAGGUUAAAAAACGCAGAGAACUCGAAGCCGAGCUAAAAGCCAUGAGUGCUGAAAACAUCAUCUCUGAUGAUGUUAAAGAAACCCGGAAAGCGCGCGCAUCUAGAGGCAUUAUUAAUGCUGCACAUCGUCGAGUUUCUCGUGCUACCCGGUCUUUAUCAGAAAGCGAUGACGAUGCCUCAAUAGACAAAGAUUCAGAUGUCAAUGGUUCAGAUGAUAGAAAUUCAGAUGAAAGUGAUUCAGAUGACAAAGACAAAAAUUCGGAGGAAAGAGGUACGGAUAUAGAUUCAGAUGAUAAAAAUUUAGCCAUACAAGAAAUAACAAAGCCUACAAACUUAAAAAAAGCCGAGCGAGAUAUUUGUCUUUCUUCUUCUGGUGUUCGAAAGGAAGAAAAAAUCCGUCGUAAAUUUGGAAACGCCAUAAGUCAACUUUAUC